GUGUGCAGUGCAAGUAGUGCCUCUCACUCCUGCUGCGGGCGAGACCUGUGGAGACAUCGCCACAACACCGGUCCCAUCAUCACCACCACCACAUCAUCACCGGUCCCAUCAUCACCACCACCACAUCAUCACCGGUGCCAUCACCACCACCACCACAUCAUCACCGGUGCCCUCACCACCACCACAUCAUCACCGGUGCCAUCACCACCACAUCAUCACCGGUCCCAUCAUCAUCACCACAUCACCGGUCCCAUCAUCACCACCACAUACCCGGUCUCAUCAUCACCACCACAUUACCGGUCCCAUCAUCAUCAUCACCAACACCACCACAUCAGCAUCUGCAUCAUCGCAUCACCGGUGCCAUCAUCAUCAUCAUCAUCGACCACAUCGACAAUACCGGCCACCACAUCACGAGCCUCCCAGCUGUGCGCUAUCUCUCUCCCGGAGCCUCUCCUCUCUCUCCUCGAGCCCCCUGCGGCGCUUCAUGGCGGAGACUCGCCGGUGAGAGAGGUCCCUGACGCGACUGAGCACCGCGAAUUCCUCUAGCGUCGAUCCGACUCCACCAAAGUGACCUCGCCGCCGGACGUCGAGCCAUGCGGAUUCUCAUCCUCGUAGCUCUGCCUGCACCAUCGCGCCGCUGCUGUCUUCCAUCAUCAUUACCAUCAUCACCAUCAUCAGCACCGCCGUCGUCGUCAUCAUCACCGCUGCCACUGCCAUCGUCAUCGUGGGAACUAGCAGGGUCAGGCAUGAGGUCAGCUCACUGAGAGCCACGGCGACUCCUUUGAAGACGGCUCAGAUGAUCAUGAAGCGGAGGCUGCUGAUGAUGAUGAUGGUGGUGGUGGUCCUCAUGGGACUGUGGUCUAUUCCCUGCACAUCGGCUCUGCCUCGCCCCGGAGUGUCAAGGGUUCAGGUUCGAUCGGACCCCGCGACGGGAGGAGUGAGCGACACGCGUGGUGGUUACGAGGGCGUGUCUAUGAGUUCACAACCCUCGCCGUGGAGCCUCGUUCGCUGUCGCCUCAAGCGCUCGGGGACUCCGGCCACGUUCAACAUUAACUGGGAGAGCAUCGACCGCGAGUGGCACAAGACGCGCUGCGUGCCGCGCGAGGUGUGCGUCGACGUGGCGCGCGAGCGCGCGGGCGAGAGAGUCGCCCCCGGGGCGGCGUGGGGCAGCGGCUGGGGCCCCGGGGGCGCGGACGCCGAGGGCGGGGGCUCCGGCAGCGCCUCGUUCUUCAAGCCGCCCUGCGUGGCGCUGCAUCGCUGCGGCGGCUGCUGCAACUCGGAGGGGCUGCAGUGCGUGAACACGAGCUACGAGUACAUCAGCAAGACGCUGAUCGAGAUCUCCGUGAGCUCGGUUCGCCUGGAGGCCGUGACCGUGAGCUUCGUGAACCACACCACGUGCCGCUGCUUGUCACGCGCCGACGCGGCGCGACACUCCCACGCCAUAAUCCGCCGCGCCCUCGGGGAGACCCCGGAGAGCGGCUGCGCGCCCGUGAGGGGAGGCGCCGAGGUCGAAUGCGGAUCCGGGCACCUGUGGGAUGACCUUUCGUGCGCCUGCGUGCCCAGGCUGGAGGCGCUGCUGGCACCACACUUCAGCUACUGGCUUCCGGAUCCACCGCUGGCGGCUCCCCCGGCGCGCACGUGCGGUCCGGGUCGCGCGCUCGACGAGGAGUCGUGCGCGUGCGUGUGCCGGCGCGCGUGCCCGCGACGCCGCCGCGGCGCGCGCGGCGCGCACGGAGCGCGCUGCGCGUGCGCGUGCUCCGAGACGCGCGAGGGCUGCGCGCGCCGCGGUGGCCGCUUCCACGCCGAGACGUGCAGCUGUCUCCGAGCCCCGUGUCCUCGCGUUGUCUGCGUCCCCGGCCACGCCACCCACCCGCGCUCGUGCAGCUGUGUGCCGUGGGGGCGCGGCCUCUGAGCCAUGGGAGCCGAGCCUGCUCUCGACUCAGGUCCGGGACCAGACCCAGCCUGGACCAAGGUCUGGGCCCAGACUCAAGAUGGACUCACACCCUUCCUGGACCCAGAUCCAGCCUGGACCCAGACUCAGCAUGGACCAAGAUCGAACCUGGACCCAGACCCAGCAUGGACCCAGGUCUGGGCCCAGACUCAGCAUGGACCCACACCCUUCCUGGACCCAGACCCAGCCUGGACCCAGACUCAACAUGGACCCCAGACCCAGCUUUGAUCUAGACCCGGUCUGGACCCAGACCCAACAUGGACCCAGAACCAGCCUGGACCCAGACCCAGCCUGGACCCAGACCCAGCUUGGACCCAGACUCAACAUGGACCCCAGACCUAACAUUGAUCUAGACUCGGUCUGGACCCAGAGCCUGCCUGGACCCAGACCCAGUUUGGUCCCAGGGUUGGACGCAGAUCAUGCUUAGACCCAGAUGCAGCCUGGACUCAGACUCAAUUUGGACAUAGACCCAAGCUCAAUCCAAAACCAAACUCGCCUCAACCUGAACCCGGACCCUACCCUGGACCUGGCCCAGCCCAAAAUAUGCACUGUGCACUUUUUUCACAGUGCACCCAAGAUGGUGGACGCUGGCAUGCCCACUCAUACGUAGAGAUAGCCACACAAUUAAAUAGAUCGAUUGAUGUAAAUGCAAGUCUUUGCAUUUACAUCUGGUCCAGGGCUAGUCGUGGAAAUGUUACGUUUCUAUGGAAGGACCAAGUGUUUCUGAGAUUUAAAAAAUUAAAAUACCCGCAAUCUUUCGACUCCUCUGCAUCAAAUGACGCGGCCUCUCUGCGCGGUGCUCCACUUAUUGACCGAGGAGGGACGACGACGAUGAUGAUGAUGCUUAAGAAGAUGAUGAGGACCAUGAUGAUGAUGAUCAUGACAAUGAUGAUAGUUUGUUUUUAUCGAGGUAAUUUUGGACCACAAUGGACUGUGCAUAUGAGGAUACAUGCAAAUGAGCCUCGUAGAGACAGAAUUAGGCACCUUAUCGUGGUGCAAGCGGAUGAAUUCAGACGUUGGUGAUGAUGAGACUGCAAGAGGCCUCUUUGAAGGAAGUGUCAAUUUUGAUAACGAGC